AUGGAUCCCAACAUCACAAAAGCGCUCAACGAUAAGCUCUACGACAAGCGGAAAAGCGGCGCCCUCGAGCUCGAAGGCCUUAUUCGCGAGUCGCUCGCCGCUGGCGAUUUCGACAGGAUACAGCGGAUUGUCUCACAGCUCUGCCAUGAGUAUGCAUAUGCGGUCCACCAGCCGCAUGCGAGGAAUGGCGGACUCAUCGGCCUGGCUGCGGCCUCGAUAGCGUUGGGCCCGGAAGUCGCUCGCUAUCUCGAAGAGAUCGUCCCCCCCGUGCUCGCCUGCUUCACAGACCAGGAUGCCCGGGUCCGAUACUACGCGUGUGAGAGCAUGUACAACAUCGCGAAGGUGGCCAAGGGCGAGAUUCUGGUCUACUUUAACCAGGUGUUCGAUGCUCUCUGCAAGCUUGCGGCUGACAACGAGCUCUCCGUCAAGAACGGAGCAGAACUGCUUGACCGGCUGAUCAAAGAUAUCGUAGCCGAGUCCGCAGCCUCGUACAUUUCCAUCCUCCAUGCACCAGGCGAUACGGCGGGCGAAGGUGCCUCCGACGAAGAGAAGCCUGCCCACGAACUCCCAACUGCCUUCUCGCUCGAACGCUUUCUACCUCUCCUCGAGGAGCGCAUAAACGUCCUCAGUCCUUUCACUCGCAUCUUCCUCGUGGCAUGGAUAAUGCUGCUUGAUUCUAUACCUGACUUGGAGCUUGUCGCGUACCUACCGCGCUUCUUGGGUGGUCUCUUCAAGUUCCUAAGCGACGAGAAUCAGGAUGUCAAUACAGCUACACAAACAACGCUGGAUAGAUUUCUUAGUGAAAUCCGGAAAAUAGCACGGAUAAAGCAGGGCAUAGCAGAGAGCAAGAAAAGCCACGUGGAUGAAUUCAACAAGUCGACAUCUAGCUUUCGCAGCGGGGCUGAUGGGGACAGCGACACGGGGAGCAGUGCGAACACAGACCGACGAGGUUCCUCGGGAGACAAGGGCGACGACGACAAUGACAGUGCCUCGGUAGCGAUCGAGGAUGACAAGUCAGCCAGCGGUGACGGCGAUUGGGUACCUGGGCAAGACGUUCAGGUUGACCAUCACAAGAUCCUGGAGAUCUUGGUGAAGUUCCUGGAGACACCUUUUGGCGACAAAGGAACCGAGAAUCAUGAUAUUCUCCUCACGACCCUGCGUUGGAUUGAUAGCUUCUUCGAAAUCUGCCCCGAAGAGAUAAUGCCGUUUGUUCCCAGUCUACUCACCCACGUACUGCCCAGAAUGUCACACGACAUCGAGUCUAUUCGCCAGGCCGCAAUCAAAGUGAAUGCGUCUCUAAUGGAUUAUAUCAUGUCGCUGUCCGACGAUAGCCGUCGGCUUGACAGCAGUACCGGUGGUCAAAUACAAUUGCCCACAUCGCUAUCCGCUCUUGGGAAAGAGCUCACUGGCGCUGAGCGACGAGACUCAAAUCUAUCCGCGCGCUUACUAAAGACCGUGAUUCAGGAUCGGACAGACGUGAGAUCCCUCGACAGUAAGGGUACACGAACUCCUACACCAGCUGAAGAGCGUGGGCCUUCACCGCAGAAGAUCCCAGAGCUCGACUACCAAGCUGCUGUUAACGCUCUAACUCUUCAAUUUUUGAAUGAACAUGAAGCAACUCGUGUAGCCGCGAUCGCGUGGCUGAUCAUGCUGCACAGGAUGGCACCAGGCAAAAUCCUGUCGGUGGAAGAUGGGACAUUUCCUGCUCUCCUCAAGACCCUCUCCGAUCCUUCCGAAGCGGUCGUGACUCGUGAUCUCUUGCUGCUAUCGCAGAUUUCAAAGAACAGCGAUGAUUCAUACUUCACGUCCUUCAUGGUCAACCUCCUGAAGUUAUUCUGUACGGACCGGCGAUUGCUGGAAACAAGAGGCAAUCUGAUCAUCCGUCAAUUAUGUGUCACUCUCAGCGCAGAAAGGAUAUACCGCACGAUGGCAGAUUGCCUUGAGAAGGACGAGGAUGUCGAGUUCGCGAGUAUCAUGGUCCAGAAUUUGAACAACAACUUGAUCACAGCUCCCGAGCUAGCAGAUCUCCGCAAAAGACUACGGAACCUCGACUCCAGAGAUGGCCAAUCCUUUUUCGUCUCCCUCUUCAAGUCUUGGUGCCACAAUGCGGUUGCCACAUUCUCACUUUGUCUCCUAGCCCAGGCGUAUGAGCAAGCUUAUCACCUACUCCAAAUUUUUGCCGAUCUCGAAAUGACCGUCAAUAUGUUGAUUCAAAUUGACAAGCUCGUCCAGCUACUAGAGUCACCCGUGUUCACCUAUCUCCGAAUGCAGCUCCUCGAACCGGAACGAUAUCCACACCUCUACAAGUGCCUCUACGGCCUCCUCAUGCUUCUCCCCCAAUCAUCCGCCUUCGCAGCACUCAAGAAUCGGCUGAACAGCGUCUCUGCCAUCGGCUACCUCCACAUGGCGCCUCGCGGGUACGUUCCUACUUCCAAUUUCAAUCACUUGAGACAAAAGAGCUCAGAGACCGGUUCUCCCAGUGCCCCUCCCAGUACUCUUGGAAACUCUGGAUCCUUUGAGCGACCGAAUCGACUCAAGGCAAGGGACGAGGGCGGCGUCAAAUGGGUGGAGUUGCUGGACAAAUUCAAGAACACACAAGAGCGGGCGCGGAAGAGCGCAAGGUUGGCGAGUCUUGGUGAGGAUAUCGGUGUUGGUAUGAGCCCGGUUGAGAAGGAGAAAGGCCCCCCGGAAGUGCCGCCAAAGAAUGUCAGGUUGCCUGGGCCUGUGGCCCCGGUCGGACGGCCGUUGCCGUCGCCUGCAGGACAGGCUCCGGGACACAAGCCACGGGGCAGCUUGGGCGGAUUGGGUAGAUUUGCUGGCGGUGUGGCAGGGCGCAACAAGAAGAAGUAG